GUACCUUCAAACCUAAACGAUUUCAGCCAAAUUUUCAGUUCUCAACGAUUCUGGAUAAUAAUGAAAAUUCUGUUUAUCCGAUGGAAGGCCUACACAUACUUGAUUGAUGUAUGUUCAGAAUUUCAAACAGUGCCACAACCUGCUACAUUGAAGGAAGAUAAUGAAAGCGAUUCAUUGAAAAAGAUUUGCUCCUACAAGUGUACAAUAAUGAAAGAAGUGUUACUAAAAGAAAAGGUAAUGAAUUUGAAUAAUAGACUCAGUGAUAAAUCAUCGAAGCAUGUCUACCCCCUCGACAUUUUUCAUCAAAAUUUUAAUAUCGACACAGGGAACGGAAACGAGUAUUAUACAAUGAGAGUAACAUGUUUACAUAUAUCGGAUGAUUUUGGCGGUGGAAGCCAACCGUGA